AUGACAUAUAAUGAUUUUGUUUCAAGGAUUUAUGGGAAAAUGAACAUCAAUAUAGUGGGACUAACAUUUUCAUAUACUCUCCCGUUUGAUUUAUAUGCACUUCAACCAUUGAAAAAUGAUGAAGACUUGACAAACAUGUUUCAAUUUAGUGACCGAUGUGCACGUGUAUAUAUAUGCUUAGCAUCAACAGUUGAAGACGAUGAAACGAUUGAGAAUGGAGAACAAGGCUUGAACGAAACAAUCGUAGGGUCUAACUCACUGGUCCCAUAUUCAACAAGAGAUGUUGAUAUUAGAAUGCAAUCACGAGGAUUUCAUCAAAGAUGUGCUGAAUCACAUGUUGGUCCACUAGAGUCAAGCCGUUUUGAGAGUGCAAUAUUGGGUAGUGGGCAUACCUUCUCAACUGCAAAUGAAUUUUGGGAUGCAAUAUAUCUCAUGUCAGUAGGAGGUCGUUUUAGAUAUAAGUUUAAGAGGAAUUGUCUUAAGCAUAUGACUGUAAUAUGUGUUGUUGAAGGAUGCCCUUGGAAAGUAAUUGCUCGUGCUAUUGGGAGAACAAAAAUAGUUCAAGUGCAUACAUUUAGAAAUGAACAUAACCACUCUUUAGAAGAUGUGUCAAUUUCCAAACCAGUAGUUCGUUGUAAUCGAGCCACAGCUAUGAUUGAUGAUGUUAUUCGUUCAAAUCCAGAUUACUUACCCCGUCAAAUAUGUAAAGACUUUCGUCAACAAUACGGAAUGCAAUUGAAUUAUUGUCAAGCAUGGAACUUGAAAGAGAAGGCUAAAGAACGAAUUCAUGGUGUGCCGCAAUGUUCAUAUAAGUUGUUACCUUGGUUAUGUACAAGGCUUAUUGAAAUAAAUCCAGGGACGAUUGCUGAAUAUAGAUGUUCGGAUGAUGGUCAUUUUAUGCAAUUGUUCGUUGCCCUUUCAGUGUCAAUACAUGGGUUUCAAAUGGGAUGUCGGCCUAUUAUAUCAAUAGAUUCAUCCCACAUGAGUGGGCCAUACAAGGGUGCUUUAUUUUCAGCUUCUUCCUAUGAUGCUGACAAUGGCAUGUUUCCACUUGCUUAUGGCUUAUUUAGCUCUGAGAAUUACGAGGAUUGGCUUUGGUUUUUAGAGAAAUUGAAGAUGGUCAUAGGUGAAAGAGAUGUUAUAAUAAUAUCUGAUAGGCACCAAGGGAUUAUCCGUAGUGUUUCAAAGGUAUUUGGUAGUGAAAACUAUGCACAUUGCUAUCGUCACAUUAAAGAAAACUUCAGUAGCUUUCUAACAAAGCUGAACACUAAAGGGAGGAAAGGAAAGGAAAAUGCUUUGCAAAUGCUUGAUUCUAUCGCCUAUGCUAGGUUAGAUUGUGAUUAUGAGAUUGCAAUGGAUACUUUAAGGACAUUUAAUCAUGAUUUGGCGAAGUGGGUUGAAGAAAAUAACCCUUAA